AUGGCUGCCAAGGGAGGAGCAGCUUUGCGUGGAGACAGAUUCAAUUCUAAUAUUGCAACCUGCUCCUGCUGCAUGUGCACCGACGAAGCGGUCUCGUCAUCAACCGCCUUCGCAGCCACCUUGUCGGCAAGGUCAUCAAAGAUCGCCUCCGCAGCCGAGGCAAUAGCGUCUUCCACCAGCUGCUCCACCACUGCACCAGGCUCCUGCUGCCCUGCGGUAGCAAGCAGACCGCUGCCUCCUCCACCCCAUCCUGGUGUUCGUCAUCCGAAGCCUCCUCCACAACUACAUCAUCCAGGUCUAACGGAGUCCCCUUGUGAGUGGCCUGCAUCCCCAGAAGGGCCGAGACUCCCAACCCAUCCCCCGCAGUCGGGGAUGCUGCCGCCACUGGCUCAGCAGCCUGGGCACUCGACCCAGGCCCAGGCACCGCAUCAGGCCCGAGAACCACCCCCGACACUCUGUGCUUCUCGCCCACAAGCGCAGGCGCAACCAAUUCCCCCGUCGCCGCUACCUUCUCACCCGCCACAGCCGCAGCCGGCGGCCGUCCUUUGCGUCGUUCCUGAGGCUACGCCUCCCCAGUGGGCCGAGCCUGGGCCUUCAACUCCGGAUGAAGCAUCACACAAUCAUCCUUGCUAUGAUCGCUAG